AUGUUUAAUGAAGUGUGUAAAUCAAUUAAUGCGAUCGAUAAUUCUUUUGAUGAUGAUCCGAAAAACUCGGAAGAAAAUAUUUAUGAGAGUUUAUUAAAUUUUUACUGCCCUGAUAAGAAAUGUAAUAGUGAUGAAGAAAAGAUUAUCUCUGGUUUUAUAUUGUUAUUAAAUAUUGUUAAUGAAGAAACUACAGAUAGUGAUAAACUUGUUGAAUACGCUAUUUUAUGGUUAAGUUAUAAACUAAAUCAAAAAAAACAAAAUAAAACCACCAAAUUAUACGAUUUUUAUACUGAAAAAAUAAAAAAAAAUAGUUGUUAUAAUGAGAAUAUAGCUGAUAAUAGUGAUAGUGAUAGUGAUAGUAAUAGUAAGAUUAACAAGAAUGUUAUAUGUAAAAAAAUAAAAUCGAUGGAUAUCGAUAUUAAAGAUAUAUCUAAUUUUUAUGAUGCAUUUAAAUCAUUAUGUAACAUGUAUAAUGAAAUUGUUGCAGAUGACUACCAAUGCAAUAACUGUUUAGAAAAUGCUGGAGAAUUUUUUGAAAAAUGUGAAAAAGUUAAAAAUGUUUUUGAUAUUACUAAAGGAAGUUCUUAUUUACAACUAUGGUCUAGUUUAUCAAAUGAUUAUAAAAAUUUUGAAAAUUUAUAUAAUAAUUUUAGGUGUGAAAAUGGUUCAUCAUUUGUAGCUUGUCCACGAAGUUCAAUAAUAAAAAAUAUACUAAUUACAAUUGGAAUUAUAUUUGUUGCAGCAACAAUUUUUUUGGGAAUUUCUUAUAAGUAUUCGUUAUUUGGAUUUCGGAAACGAUCUCAAAAACAACAUUUAAGAGAAAAGCUAAAAAAAUAA